AUGCCGUCUCCUGCGACGCCAAACCGGCCCGCCAACCGUGGAGGGAGUGCCAAACCCACCCCGACAAAACCGCUGGAUAUCGGCCAGCCGCUUGGAGUGCACGACACGAACACGGUUCGCGCGAGGGUUCGGCAGUGGCAGCAACAAGGCGGAGGAGUUAUUACGAUCGACGAUGGAAUUUACGAUGACGAUGACGAGGAGAACCAGACGAAGGACAAGGGCAAGGAAAAGCCCAAGCCCAAGCCCGGCAAGGUGAAGCUCGACCGGAUCGAGAAGCCACUCAAGGACAAAGAGAAGACCGCGCCGACGACGAGGAAACGCAGUCAUAGCACGCCACGAAAGCGAGUCGUUAGCGACGAGCACUGGAAGAGAAACCGAUCAACGACACAAACAACUGCCCCGCGCAAUUUGCCGAUUCCGAAGCGCAUCAAUGAGUACACGACGAAUGAAGAUGCAGCGUCCCCGCGCACGAGAAAGGACAACAAGAACGAUGGCCGCGAUAAAAGUCGAGAUCCGCCGCGAGCCAGGCCCCGUCGAGACACGGCAAUAUCUAGAUCUCCCCCUCGCGAACGGGCGCGCUCCACGGUCCGUAAAGAUGCCGAGUCGGUAGCAGACAGCGAUGCGGAGACAGAUCGGCCGCGGUCUACAGUCAUGUCCGAUAUUCCAGAGCGUCAGCGCAGACAAUCCCCGCCCCCCGACGAUGGGGAAUGGGCCAGAAGCGAAGCUGACUUCACGGAGCUGUCGCGCAGGCGUCGUACUGGCCCCGCCAAGGGACCAAAGGGUGGCAUCUUCGCGCAUAUGCUGGAUGAGUCCAGGAAGAUGUUCACCAGGCCAGAAGCCGAGCCACCGAGGCCUACACCUCCUCCAACCGGAAACCGCGGAGCCAAGAUCGAAGCAUGGCUGUCCGGGACUUCGGAUCCUUUCGUGGACGGCGAAGACAACAAGAGUGACAUGCCCGGUCCUCUUGACAUAAAGUCAGCGCGGGCGCGGCGAUCUCAGCAGAUUACUGACGAGAUCGCGUCUAGCAACUUCUCUCGGUCUGAACUGUCCGUGGAGAGCGAGUCUCGUCCAAAGAGCUCGCAUAGUCGACACUCCAGGGACAAGGAUCGUCCGUCGUCCUCGGAGAAGCCUCGCAAGUAUCUAGAACGCGAUGCGCCGUCGACAUCCAAACGAUCGAGCACAGACAAAAUUGAACGGCCACUGGCCCUGCGUAUCCGAGAAGACAAAAAGAACGACAAGUGGUACGAAGACAGCCUGGCCCCUUCGGAAUCUGAACUGCAGCCCUUCUCAGAGGGAUCGGAGGUGUCUGCAAACAAUGCACCCGUUCCCACCGGCCCCAAACGGCCAUUCCCCAAAACCGGCAAUCACCGGCUGUCCACAAUCGCCUCUAGUGAGACUUUGAGCACUGUUCCCGAAGGCUCGACAGGCCCAGCCAAGACGACCGCAUCUGAAUCUGAAAAGCACAUUCCGCAAACCGUGGAAGAGGCCGAAGAGGCUGCUGAGGAGAAGGACCACUUUGACCCUGAUUCUCUUCCCCAGGUGACAUCACAACUCAAGCGACGACUCACGACUCACAAUGAUCUGAUGACCGUCCUGUCAGGUCCCAGCCGGAGCAGAAGUACUCGAUCGAAAGGAAGCAUUCGCUCUAACAAGAGCCGCUUGGCCAACGCAACGAUCCCCGACAUCAUGGCUGAGCUUGCCGCGGAUGAGUCGAAAUAUAUGCGCGAGCUCAAAACACUUGUCGGUGGUGUUAUCCCGGUUCUGCUGACUUGUGUCCUUUCACGCUCUGACUCGGCCAUUGCUGCGGGUCUCUUCCGGCCGUCUCUAGAUCCGAAGGAUGAUGUGAAUUUCUCAAAGCCCAUUGUCAAUAUGGGCGUGGCGGUUGAGAGGUUGAAGACGUUGCACAAACGCAUCCCACAAGACAACGCCGAUGCAUUGCUUACGUGGGCUCAGGGCGCCCAGAGAGUGUAUCGGGAGUACUUGAAGGCCUGGAGGCUUGGUUUCAAGGAUGUGAUCGUGAAUCUGGCUCCCUUGGAAGAAGAUGAGACCAACCACAAUGAUGACACAAAGAGUCUUGACGAAGGUCUGGAGCGGGACGAGAACGGCGAUGUGAUUGGCAAUGAUGGCGAAAAGGUCGAUGUUGCGUAUCUCCUCAAGCGACCUCUGGUACGCCUGAAGUAUCUCUCAAAGACGUUUCGAGGCAUCAAUACAAUCCAGCCUUCUACCAAGGCCGAAGAGAUCGCAGCGGCGUAUCAGGAUCUUGUGAAUGAUGCACGCAAACGAGCCAGAGACGAACGAGCGAGGUUGGAAGAUGAGUCUGCUUCUAGCAUUGACCCGAGUCGUGCGCGAGACCCGAUGACGCUGGGUGUUCUCCAAAAUGUGACAGUCGAUCGCAGCCGCCGUGUCCGGGCUCGAGACUUCUUCAACUUGUCUCUGUAUCAUUCCAGUGGUCAACUGGUUGACUGCCGUGCCGAGUUGCUUUACCGAGACAAUUCCCCGGGCAAUGGGGCGGGUGGUGACUUGAUGAUUUGUGAAAUUGAUCAUUCGGAUCGUUGGCUGCUCUUCCCACCCAUGGACCUGCGUUGUGUUUCCGCCCGCACUGGGGAUAGCAAGGGUGAAAUUGUUCUGAUGCUCCGCAGUGCUCCGGAUGCAGAGAAGUACUGGCAGGAAUUGAUCUCCCUCCGUAUCGACGAGGUCGAGGUUGGCCUUGAAUGGGUUCAGCUCCUGGGUUCUGACCCUAUCCCACCGACAAUCUUCCGUACCCAGAGCUUUAUCAGCCGAGCCAAACAACACAAGGCACGCAAGUCCGAUGUUGAAUCUCCUCCUCGACCAAACCCUAGUGAUGUGGAUAUCCCGAUUGGCGAAAGGGCUUAUAGCAAACGCUGUUCUUUGACACCCAAGGAACACUACUCUGAACCGAGCACGGUGGAUUCCGCUCUGACGGAUAAUAGAAGCUCUGUAUACUCGACAGCUACUCGUGACACUGAGUAUACUGCCGGAGGAUCGGAUGUAUCUGCGAAGCAGUCUCGUCCCGGCCUGCCCCUUCUGCCUUCGACCGUGAGCCCAGAUAAGUCACCUUCAGGAUUGAAGAGAUCCAAGGCAAAGCGAAUGUCUCGAUAUGGUGAUAGCCCGUCUUCGGAGCCUCCUGCAUCUCCGACAACCACUGUUGCAGAGAAAGAGCCCGAAUCCCCAGCUCCAGCUCCCCAGCCGCGGUCACAACCGACAACGCCCCAGUCGUCCACCCCUCAGCAAGCAGAAACAAGAUUUUACGGUGGCGGCAAGGAUGUUGCGAAGGAAUCAGGAAUUCCGAAGUUGAAGUCUCAUCAAAAGACACCAAAAACUCCUCGUGAGCCGGAGCCGGAGGAAGAGUCUCCUCGCGUAUCUUCUGUGCCGUCGGCAUAUCUUCCCCAGAUUCCUAAGAUCCGCAGCGCUAGCAGCCAAACUCAUCUUUCGUCACCUUCCAACAUCGGAGACGACCAGGAAGAAGAUUAUCCUCCUCUAGACUCCCUACCUGAGCAAGAGGAAAUCCCGGAGACUCCUACAAAAAGCAGGAGAAAGUCUCGCCGCAAGUCCAAACAUGAUGACUCGCCGCCUCCUCCACCUCCCCAUCGUUCUCCCAGUUCCAAGCUGAGCAACAAUCAACCUGUGCUCAGCCCCUCGGGCGUUCGACUCAAGCGCCGCGGAUCCUCCCCCCUGAAGCAUGAGUACGAGCCCUCCACUGCUUCUGACUACUCGGAAACCGACUCGGACGCCUCGACUGUGCGUCGCUACUCCUACUCCUCUUCGGAGUAUUCACGAUCCGGAUCUGAAUCAGAGUCCGACUAUUCUUCUGAAUCUGAAGAUGAUGAGAUCAACCUCCCCAAACCCAGACCGUAUGACACGGCUACGGCAACCUCUGAUACCAGUUCCUUAGUGGUUUAUCGCACCACCCCUGUGCAGCCUACCAAGUCGACCAAGGUUGUUGCAUCUCUCUUUGCCUGGUCUGACAAGGGCAGCUGGGAACCCCUGAUCCCCGACGAGUGCAGCAUCAUGGUUAGCCCGGGCCUUAUUGAAGCGUUCACUAUGAACGCCGACUCUACAAGCUCUGACCGAUUAUCCCGGUCAUCGCGUCCACUCAUUUCUAUGGAGCUUACUCCUCUUGUUCCUCUUCGCCGCGGCACUGCUAUUGACAUUAGCAUCCGCUCCCCUCCGACUGAUCGAUCCAAGAUCACCUCUAGCAACAACAUCAUGUUCCGUUCUCGCAACCCUGACGAGUGUGACGCUCUUUACGGCCUGAUUAACCAGGCUCGCAUUAACAACCCAACAUAUAUCGCUCUUCAGAACGCUCGGGGUGGUACUUUCGAUAACCCAAUCCCAACCUAUGAACCCACUACCAAGUCCGGUGGCAGCUGGUUCGGCUUCCCUCGCCGCAGAAAGAGCUACCGUGCCGACAGCUCUCCUCGCUCCCUCGCCGAAGGUUCCGAGAGCAGUGUCGGAACCAUGAGCAGCGCCUUUUCCGCUCUUAAACGAUUCGGUGCCGGUAGCAGGAUGUUCAACAUCUCUCGGUCAACCGUGACAUCCCGCAGCGGCCGUGAGGGCAGCAUGUACUCUGGGUCUGGUGAAUCAGGCCACUCUCCUUCCUCUGGAAUCGGCCGUAUCGCCGCUGCCAUCAAGGGCGCCGACGGUAUCGGUCUAUCCAACGCAAAGAUCCGCAUCUAUCUCCGCGAAACCGCCUCCAAGUGGCGCGACAUGGGCGCAGCUCGUCUGACUAUAAUGCCUGCUCCUCCCAAGAGCCCCUCCCGCCCCGGUACCGCCCGAGGGCAGCGGCACACAUGGCGACGGCAGCGGAUCAUCCCUCCCAGCUCGGGCGCCGCAACGCCGCGCCGCGAGGCCGAGUCCGAAAAGCGCAUCAUCAUCCGCGGCAAGACCCGCGGCGAAAUCCUGCUGGACGUCUGUCUUCCCGAGAGCUCGUUCGAGCGUGUCGCUCGUACGGGUAUCGCUGUGUCUGUUUAUGAAGAGAAUGCCGGUGGCGUAGUCGCGAAACAGGGCGGUGUCACCGCUACCUCGCAACGCAUUUACAUGAUUCAGAUGAAGAGCGAGGCUGAGGCGGCGUAUACCUUCGGUCUUGUUGGCAAGCUUCGGUACUAA